UGCAAAUGAGCACAGCCGACCCGAGAUCCAUUCAUCUUCUCCGUUUCCGGUGGUCAUCCUCCCACCACUACACCUACGACUAUUGUGGACAAGAUGCUGCCGCCGACAAGCACUGGACACCACUGGGGGCCUAACGACGGGGGCUCCGGCGAUGGAGAUGAUGCCCAGAGCGACAACGCGGGCGAUCAGGCUGCUCACCCUGACGGGGGAACGGUUGAAGAAGGCACGGGGUCGUUCGAGGAGCCUGGAUCGUCCUCGUACACAUGGUCCGGAACUGUGCCCGGCUCGGCCGUCGGCACCUCCCAGUACGAGGCCGACCAGGCCGGCACCCAGCACCCGGCCGGCGCCCAGUACCAGAUCGACAUCCGGCACCGGAUCGGCACCCAGCACCAAGCCGGCGUCCAGAAUCUGAACGACUCCCCAGCCCAUCUUGGUGCCGACACCAGCUCGCCAUCGGCUUUCUGGCCCAGCUGCGGGCCAUCAUCCGCGCUGUCUUCCCUUGUGCAAGAUAUCAGUGAAGGGCAAGCCGUGAAUGCGAACGCGCAGCCCAUGACACCGCCGGCUCUAGAGCGCCACCAGUGCGCCUUCUGCGGCCACAAGUCCCCCAGCAACAACAAGCUGGUCCGGCACACGCGAAACAAGCACUGGCCGUACCAGUACCGCUGCUGGUGCGGCGACAGAUUUCCUGGCGGCCGCAAGGACAACUAUCUGCGGCACUUCGACAAGCACGGGCCUCGCGGUGAGCAUUGUACCAUCGGGACCAUCCGGUCGUCCAUGGUCUGCGGAUUCUGCGGAGGGGAGACCUACGAUGCUGGCGCGCACCGGGACCACGUGCAGACCUGUGGCAAUGGGUCGCGAGGAAGACCUCUGGGGAGUAAUAAUGGUGGCAAGUAG